AUGGCCGGCGCUCCUGCCGACUGCCCAGAUUGCAGGCCUGGUCAGCCCAACGGCCGCUGCCAAAAGCACAAGAAGUACAAUCCUGGUCGUAGCCAGCGCAAGAAAGAUAAGGCGAAGCGAAAAGUUCUUUUCCAGCCUGUGAAUGCCAGACCCAGCGCUGUCAACCAGCUCAAGCAGAAGGAAGCCAAAAAGGUUGAGAAAGACCUCAAGGCCACUCUCGAAGGCGUUGACCACUUUUUGAACCGCUCAGACGUAGAGAGAGUCUUAACACCUGCUUUCAAGGCUAUCAUCGGCUCCAUCAGCGCCCUCAGUUCCCUCAACUCCCGGACUACACCACCCGCCGCCACUACCGGUGGGCCUAGCUCUAGUUCUGAUGGCUCUAGUUCUGAUGAUUCAGACAAUGAAUCAGACUCGGAUGAGUCUGACUAUGCCUACUCCGACUUUGGCGACGAGUCAGAUGGCAGCUACGAGGAGGACAUCGAUGCAGAUGACGACUCUGAGGCAGGCGAUGAUGUUGAGGUGGUUGAUCAAGACAAGCAAAGCAUUAUUGACGUCGAUGCCGAGCCCGCUGCUACAGAGAAGAAGAAAAAGGAAAUAUAUGAUCAGGAACAAGAGGAGAAGCUUGCUCGACAAUUAAUCCUUCUUUACGCCAAUGUUCGUCGCGCCAAUUCACUGGGUGUGUUUGCUGAGUCUUGCCUGGACGUCGAAGAGAGGUUUUGUCAAGAGGCAGAACAGUUUGGAGUGCCCGUUACAAGGAUUGCCAUGCUGCAAGAUGUCCUUACCCACGCCAUGUACCUUCAAGACUACCUUGCUCUCCAGCCGUCGUCUGGAGACAUAGGCCUGGCUUGUUGGUUGAGUGACAACACCAUCUACAACAUGGUCAAGCUGUGCACUUGGAGCACUUUUGUCGAAGGAUCAGAGUUUCUUGAUCCCAUAAUUAUUGGGUCGGUCUUGCCACAGUCUGGAACCCCUGAACAAACCCUCAUCCAGCUGAACAACUUUAUCGAUAACCAUAUUGAUGCGCCGUUCGGCCUCAAGGAGACCACUACUCGAGUGGUCGCUGUGCUUUCAUUCCCACAACACUGGACGAUGUUUGGCAUCGACUCAACCACAAGCACAAUCACCUUCGUCGAUAGCCUUCCUGAUGGAGAGCGAAAGGAAUACGCCGAGAAAAAUGUCGUGUGCCCGACGCCCGCCAGACAAGCAAACAUGAACGACUGUGGAGUUUUCUCCGCUCACAAUGCCAUCAUUUAUAUGAAUGGCGAAAAAUUUCACACGACGAUUAACACGAAGGAGGCCCUCGAAUUUGCAAUCCGCAUCAGAUGGAAGUUUCAAGAGGCAAUCCGUGGUCUUCUACUAGGCACUGAAGGGCCGAACGAACGUUCCGAAGCCGCUCUCUCCGAAAACGGUAUACUUCCUGACCAUGAUGCUGUCAAUCGCGCUCAAGCUCGCAUUGAUGCUCUAAGCAAGGUGAUCCAUAAAGAAAUUCCUGAAAAGACCAAGAAGGAGACUCUCAAGAAGCACAAGGCUGGCAAUCGAACCGUUGAUCAGACAGCCAACGACAGACGGCUCAGCAAGCGACAGAAGAAGAUUGUCUCACCCAAAUCAUUCCUACCCUCAUGCAUCAGCGGCAUUCGAGAUUUGAUUUUCAGACUUUUGUCGAGUCCUAAGAAUCGUACAGGUAUGACCGUUGAAGAAAUGGAAGGCCCCAUUCGUGAGAUGAUGGAGCACGAGAAGUUCCCCGUUCCUGAGAAAUGGAAUCUCAUAAGACUUUUGCGAGUUAUUCUGGAUCGCCAAAGCCACCAUUUCCAGCAAGAUACGAACGAAAAGGACAGAUGGGUUGCUACAAUGAUCCCUGCUCGCGAAUUGAGCGCAAGGUAUCUCAAUGAACUGCGAGCCAAGAGGUGCAGCCCGACCCCUAGCCCACUUGAAAACCCGGCAAUGCUUCACAUCUUCAUCUCUCGUUAUAGUGAUGUCGUAAGCGAGAUUCAGCAUGAGAAGUUGAACGAAACAUAUGAAGCACGCAUCAAGGCGACCAAUGCUCUGUUCGGAGCCCAAAAACAGCAACCCGAAACAAAGCCUUAUGUCCAAGGAUCGUUCGAGUACCCCAUGCAUAUGAGAUGUACAUUGCCCAACAUUCAAGGAACCGAAUCGUUGCGAGAUAUGCUUCUCCCGCAGCAGGAGUGCGCCGCAGCUCUUCAAGAACUAUCCGAACAUGCCCAGAGAACUAUCGAGGAUGAUCCAACUUCUGAAAGUCAAUUCAUGUAUCGCAUCAUCAUCUCAGGAUUAGACGGAGGGUCGGUCAACAAUGACAGCUGGGAAGAUAUGAAACGAGCCUACCCCCGCCUGCGUGGGCAACUUCUGAUCUGUGACGACAGAGGCAUCCCUGAUCCUGAACACCCCGUCGUGACUCAGAAGUCAAUGUCAGACUGGGCCACUCCUGCAUGUCUAUUGCCGAAACAUCAGAGGAAAGAGGGUAAUCAUAAGCAUGUUGUUUGGGGCAUGUUUGACAUAGCAAUGCUGGCCAAUGAGUGGACAAGAAGGAGUUGGGCGCCGGCUCCGCGUGUUGCAGGUCCUCGUCAAGCAAAGAUCGAGCAUGAUCAGCAACUUCUGGCAUGUCGCAAGCUUCUCUUGUCGAACAGUCUGAUGUACUAUCACAGGAUUGAUCUCUCCGUUGCAGGUCUCCGCAUGACAGAAGAGUUCACAGACCCUUCAUUCAUCAUAGCUCAGACGAGAAACGGAAAUGUUAGUAAAGGCCGCAACAAUUUCGUAGUCGAUCGAUGCGUUCCUGAACUGGAACCAUUUGCUCGAGUGUGUCGAUGGGGCGCCCAUGAGCCUAUUGAUACUUGGGCAUUGAGUGUCAAGCCACCACAAGAUGACGAACCGCUUCAUGGCUUCUACUGCGACAGGGCUGCGUGCUACGUUCUCGAGGUUGAAGAAUGCAGGCACGCCGAAGCUACACGCCGAGUCACCGUCAAAAAGUCAUCUUUGGAUUCGCACGCCGAGAGCCGCACCCAAAAGUCCAAUGUUUCGCCUGGAUGA